AUGACUACUAAUCCAUCGGACGAUUCUGAUGAUAGCAACAGCUUAGCAAGCUUUGAUUUGGAGGAACAUUUUGCUAAUGUUACCAGUUGUCAUGGAAUGAUUCAUAUUUUCGAUCAUAAAACUUCGUUUUUAAGGCGUUAUGUUUGGGGAAUCGCAACUUUUGCCGCUUUUACAGCUUGUAUUAUUGGUUGUAUCAAUUUGUUACAUAAUUUAUUAAGCCAUCCAACUAAUAUCUCUGUGAAAAUUCAUCAUACCAAUAAAAUGUUAUUUCCCGCAGUGACAUUAUGCAAUUUUAAUCAAUUUUCAAGAACAUUAAUCUCGCGUAAGGAUAUUCGGCAUUUAGAUACAGUCUUAAGUGCAUAUAAUCACGAUCAUACUAUACCAAAGGAGGACUUAAAAGAAGCUGAAGAUUAUUUUAAAUCUAAAAUUCAUGGCCACUUUGAUUUUAGCCAAUAUAACCAAGAGCUUGGCUUACAAAAAGAAGAUUUAAUUUUAUCUUGUACUUGGAAUGGCGAAAAGUGUGGCUCUAAAAAUUUUAGUCGAGUUUUUACAUCUUAUGGAAACUGCUAUACUUUUAACGGAGGUUCGGCAAAUCAUCCUCUACUAAACCAGCAUGGUCGAGGUGCCGCUCAUGGUCUGAGUUUAAUCCUUAAUAUUGAACAGUAUAAAUAUACACCGGAGUUGAUGGUAGGUGCUCCUAAUGUGGGUAUACGCUGUUCAAUUCAUUACUACAAAUCGUUACCACGAAUGGAAUCUCAAGGAAUCGCUAUACCUCCAGGUGCUCAUGCCUACGCGGCUAUACCUGGAACAGAGGUAACCAAUUAUCAAAAGAAGCCAUGGGGUCAAUGCGGUGAGAAAAAGCUCAAAUAUUACAAAUAUUAUUCCAUGUCUGCCUGCCUGCACGAAGAUGAAACUCUCUUUGCGGAAACAACUUGUCAAUGCCGUGAUCCUCGCUUACCGGGGAAUGAAAAAGCUUGCACACCGAUACAAAUGUUAGAAUGUCUCAUUCCGGCCAUGAGUCGAUAUCGAGAACAAGAUCGUAAUUUAUCUAGCUGCCCCGAGGUUUGCGAACGCGUAGAAUAUGUCCCACAAGUUUCUUAUGCUAAAAUUCCAGCUAAAAUUAUGGCAGAAGAAAUUGCAUCAAAAUAUAACCUCCAUCAGGUUCACAAGAAAGCCAUAAUUGAAGGUGGUAUAGUAGAUAAUAGUACAUCAGUAAAGCAAUUUAUCAGGGAUAACUUAGUUUUCCUAGACAUCUUUUUUAAAAAUUUAUAUAACACAACAACCACUCAAGCAAGGGAUGCAAGCUUCUCGCAAUUUUUAAGUAAUGUUGGAGGUCAAAUUGGUUUAUUUAUUGGCGGUAGCUUCCUAACUUUGCUUGAAAUUGUAGAAUAUAUCUUUGACAAAUUAGCUCAGCAACGAAGUCGAUAUCGACAUAAAACUAGUCAGAUUGAAAAAGCAGAGUGGAAGAAGAUUUAUGCAUCUAGCAUGAUUGUCCCGAAAACCAGCUACCAUAAUGGUAAUGCGAAUCAUCCUCCACCAUAUGAACGUACAUUAGUCCAAAUGGAUGAGUGCGACUCAACAGAGGGCUUCCUCAAUGGUCCCAACAUGUGUAGCCAAUUUAUUGCAGUGAUUGUGCCAGAUGUAGCGAUAUAUGUCCAGGACCAAGCUAUCACACUGCAAUCAUCAUAA